AUGGACUCACUAUUGAAAUCCUUUUCGUAUGUUGAAAUAUCUAUUGAAAAUCCAAGUUUAGCUUCAUUUUAUCAUACUAACCAUAUAUCUCAUUUUACUAGCCAACAAAGAAAUGAAGAGGGUGCACAAACGGUGCGAAGUUCUCUUCGAGUGAACCAUGAUAGACCUAAUGAAUAUGCUUUGGAUAUGAAGAAUAGGAACUAUGAUAUGCAAUUUUUUAAAAUGUACCAAUAUCGAUUAAAUGUUCUCAGAAAGAGAGUACAGAGCUGCUGUGAAGCCAAAUGGGAUCAUGAUUUUAAAAUCCAGGGCAAAAAUGUCGUGAAGAAAAGUAAAGUACUAGAUAUUAGAGCAGGUGAGCCAUGCUGGUGUAUUGGUACUGUCUAUUGUGAGAUGAAAUACAAGCCUAAUAUUCUCCAAGAGGUUGUUGAAGAUACUUAUGGAGCGCCAGAUCUAACUAAGAGCUAUACAGAUCCUAACGGAACCGAUGAGAUUAUGUUAGAUGAUGAAAGCGGGAGAGUUAUUCUUGUAGGUGAUUUGGUGAAGAAUACGCCAUUCGUUAGUGGGACGGUGAUAGGAAUUUUGGGAAUGGAGGCCGACGCAGGAACAUUUCAGGUUUUGGAUAUCUGUUAUCCAAAAGCUUUACCUCAGAAGUCAUUACCAUCUCUCAAGAAUACCAAAGUGGCACUUAUAUCUGGAAUCAAUGCUACCCCAAAUAGCCCAGUUGGUUCAUUAAGGUUGCAAUUAUUACAAGAUACUCUAACAGGUGAGCUAGAUUCUAAUAGUGAUUUGGCUCAAUGUGCAAGAUGUAUGAUUGUGGGAAAUUCUUUAAGUCCAGGGGAGAACCGUAAUGAUCUUCCAGGAUCUUUGAAAGAGCUGACGCCCUUCCUAUCCAAUAUAUUGAAAAGUAUUCCGGUCGAUAUCCUACCAGGAGAGAACGAUCCAAGUGAUAAAAGUUUGCCCCAACAACCUUUGCAUAAAGCUCUAUUCGAUGAUGCGUUAAAUCCAUUCUUCGAGAAAGAAAACAGUGAUAUAUUCAAUACUGUGACAAACCCAUACUGGUUUGAUAUUGCUGGUCUGCAGUUACUAGCGACUAGUGGGCAACAAAUUGAUGACAUUGUUAAAUACAUAAUUCCUUACUAUGAGGAAACAAGAACUUUAAAGGGAGAUACAAUUGAGCAUCGAUUAGAUCUAGCUGAAGCUACUCUAAAAUGGCAGAAUAUAGCACCCACGGCUCCAGAUACAUUGUGGUGCUACCCAUAUUCAGAGUCUGAUCCAUUUAUUUUAAAUGAAUGGCCACAUGUAUAUAUAAUUGGAAAUCAACCUCAAUUUGGUUACAGAAGAGUUGAGCUUGAGGGUGGCAUUGAGGUGAUGAUAAUAUCUAUUCCUGAGUUCUCAUCAACCGGGCAAUUUUUAACAUUGGACUUGGAAACAUUGACACCACAAGUCCAUAGCAUUGUCGUUUAG